ACCGCUGCUCGCAUAACUUCAGAGAAGGUCGUUUGUUGCCUUGGGUCGUUUUUUGUCAAAUAUUUUUGGAGGUACAAGAUAUUGAAUGUUUGACUUGUUGGGAUAGGCUAGGAAAUCCCUCAAGCUAUGAAUAGUGGCAUUUCAGACAUUCUUAAUGGCAUUAAUGAUCCUCAACUAAAGAGGUUUAUUGAGGGUGAAACUCAAAAACAAAGGUUUCAGGUGCUGGUUCACGGCCUGACGGAGCGCUGCUGGGACUCGUGCAUGGUGGACCGGCCGAGCACGCGCCUCGACUACCGCACUCAGUCGUGCCUCACCAACUGCGUCGAACGCUUCCUGGACACCUCCAACUUUAUCAUUAAUCGGAUGGAGAAGUCCGCCGGUCUGAGCUCGGCCUCGCUCCCGGCGCCUCCCUCCGACCUCAUCAUCUAAAGGGCCGGUCAGCUCCGUAGUAGGUAGUCCCUCCUGUAGCUCCCGUUGGUCGCCAUGCUGUCCCGUCUGCGCGGGUUCGCGCGCCGUCACCGGUACAAGCUGCUGGCGGUGGGCGCGCUGGGCGGCGCCGCCUACCUGCUCCAGUGGUACGCCACGCGCCGGCUCCGCGACUGGGGCGAACGGGAGACGCACCGCAUGCUGGAGAAGGUGAAAAAGCAGGCGCACUUUGAGAGCACGCGCGCCACGUGCACGAGCAGCCUGGGCCAGCUGGCGCCGCGGCUGCUGAGUCAGCUGACGCGCGUGCUCGACUCGGACAGUCUGCUGGAGGCGCUCCGGGCCGGCGCGCCCGACAAACUACAGGUGUGGCAGCAGCUGAAGCGGCUGGCGCUGCAGCGCGUGAUGACGGCCGUCUACGGCGCCGCCUACCUGGUCGUGCUGCUCGAGGUUCACGUGCACGCGCUGGGCGGCUGCCUGUACGUGGAUAGCGUGCGCCGGCUGCUGGCGGAGCCCGGCGCGGACGCCGAGGCGGCGGCGCUCGACGAGUCGGCCCAGGAGCGCUACCUGGCCGGCGUGGAGCACCUGCUGACGGCCGGCCUGGAGCGGCUGUCGGCCGACCUGGCGCCGCUGCUGGCGCCGCUGGCCGACCGGCUGGCGCUCACCGACAAGCUGGGCCUGGACGGCGUGGAGGCGCUGCUCGGCUGGGCCCGCUCGGCCGUCCGGCAGCGUCCGGAGAUCCGGCUGUCGCGGUACGCCUACCCGGAGUCGGUGACGGCCCGCAGCGGCGCCGCGGAGCCGGCCGGCGGCCGGGUCGCCCAGCUGGCGGCCGAGACGCGCGACCUGGUCGAUAACCCGGAGACGGAGGAGCUGGUGGCCGAGUGUGUCCAGGCCGGACUGGCGCACGUGCUCGACCAGAUGGUGGGCGCGUUCUCGGGCCAGGGCGGCGGCAGCGAGGGUUUCGUGCCGCCGAGCGCGGCCACCCUGCCCGUGGCCAAGCUGGUGCCGGCGCUGACCAACCUGCCGCACACGUUGCUGCGCUCCGGGCCCGACUCGCUCGUGUGGAUGCUUUCCAACCACAGCAAAGUGCAGGUGCUGGCGGCCAAUGUGUACGAGAGCUUCAGCGAGGUGACGAGCUAAAUAUCUGGCGCUGGGUGGCCUCAGCCGCCGGAGACAGCUGCGCGCCGGGAGGAACGGACGGACACGCAAUGUACAAGGACUUAUUGGUGUGGGUGGGGUGGUGCGAAGCUGCAGUGAUCGGAAUUGUCGAAUCUUUGGCUUUUUUAGAUAUGAUGAAUAGGUACCAUAAUCUUGGUUAUUUCGGCUUAUAUGCAGAGAUGGUAUUGCUGAUGAGAACCGAUUGUUGACAUUGCAAUUUUAUUUUGAGCACUAGAAAGUGCCCAAUUCAAUGGUGAUUAGGAAUCGAGCCCAUGUACGCAUGUGAUACGCACCACACAUGCUAUCAGCCAAUAUAUAUUUAAUAUUUUAUUCGUUAUAACCAACGAG